GCACAGGUCAGGAAAAUCAGUUAUGGUUCCCAUGGGAACCAUAACUAAUUCUGCUUUGUUAUGUAUUUGCAUGCAAAACCUAAAUGUAUUAAGGGAUAGUGUAGCUCUGGAACUGUAAUUCCAAUUUUGUUACCUCUUGUAUGUUAAAACCCUUCACCACAGUGUCACAUCAGCGUUUUAAUCUUGCCCCUCAAAGAAAGAGUGAUUAUCCACUGGAGAGCAUCUGCAUCUGUCAUAUGUGACUUCUGAAUGCGGAAAGGGAAAGGAGCCAUAGAUGAGCAUUCAGUGGUCGAAUGCCCAAGUUACAGCUUGCAACAUGCAACCCUAGAGAAGGGAGCUUCAGGGGUCUAGUGGACAUGUAGUACCCUUUAACUUCAGUCAGGUACCACAUUCACUCGUGGGCCAAGAUUUACCUUGGCUUGUGUAAUCUCAGAAUGGACAGGUUUUUAACAAACGUUCGGCAUUUCUGCAGGCUCUGCAAUCAAGUAUUGUUUUAAUAGGUUGGAAAGGCUCAAGAGUUUGGAAAGCAGUGCUGAUGCACACGAGACCUAAUUAAAUCUCUAAUAUUUAAAACAAAAAGCAACAUACUCUUGAUUUUAUUAUUUCGUACUGCACUUCAAGAAAAAAAUACAGACUCGCAUGACAUUCAUGUUCUUCUGUGGAAGAUUAUAUACUUAAGUCUCAUAAAGUAAAAAGAAAUUGUUGCUUUAAUACAGAAAUCCAAAACGUUUAUCUUUAAGUGACAAGAAUUAGUGAAGCCGAAAAGAGUACCAGAAAACAAUCUUCCAUUGAAUCAAAGAAUUUUAGUCCAACGGAGAACACAGAUGGAGAUGUUCCCCACUUGUAGCCUGCUUGCCUCAUCACCACACAAAAUGGGAAAGAAACAGAAUGGCAAAGGUAAAAAAGUUGAAGAGGCAGAGCCUGAAGAAUUUGUUGUGGAGAAAGUCCUGGACAGACGUGUUGUAAAUGGAAAGGUGGAAUACUACUUGAAGUGGAAAGGAUUUACAGAUGCUGACAACACGUGGGAACCUGAAGAAAACUUAGAUUGUCCAGAGCUAAUCGAAGCUUUUCUGAACUCUCAGAAAGCUGGUAAAGAAAAAACAGAUGGUGCCAAAAGAAAAUCUUUGUCAGAUAGUGAAUCUGAUGAUAGUAAAUCAAAGAAAAAGCGUGAUUCUGUUGAUAAACCAAGAGGGUUUGCAAGGGGUCUUGAUCCUGAGCGGAUAAUUGGGGCUACGGAUAGCAGUGGAGAGCUUAUGUUCCUCAUGAAAUGGAAAGACUCUGAUGAGGCAGAUCUGGUCCUGGCCAAAGAAGCUAACGUGAAGUGUCCUCAGAUCGUAAUCGCUUUUUAUGAAGAGCGACUAACUUGGCAUUCAUGCCCAGAAGAUGAAGCACAAUAAUUGUUUGCGUUGCUUUUUUAUAUAUAUGAAUAUUAAAACCUGAAAUUUGAUUUAUUAGCAAUGUGAGAAGCAUACAUUCUAACAAGAAUCAAAUUUGAUAUUUUUUUGAAGUAGUACGUUUUGCAUCAACAGCAAGUAAAUAAAAGCUUUCUGCAACUUGUUUCAUUUAUCACAAGAGAGCAUUUGAUACUACUACUUCCUCCAUAUUAGGUAAAAGCUUUUAUAAAACAUUCAUAAACUUCCAUAGUUAUUACAGAAUCAUAAUGAAUGUCUAAACAAACUCAUGGAUGUUUUGUAGUCUUCUAUACUAUUGAUGUGCAUGUAUCUUCUUUACCCAAACCUAGCCCUUUAAACCUGUAGAAUCAUUCUUUUUAGUAUUUGGGGUCACUUGGUCCCAAGAAGACCAGGCGAAAACUAACUUUGUAGUAAUUUGAAUGUUAUCAGACUGUAUAUUGUUUACUUUAUUGUAAAUACUGGUGAACAGUGGUCAAUAAAAUAGUUUUAUAUUCUUCCUUUAUA